UGCCUCUCUUCAAUGGGCUGAACCAGAGCAGUAUAAUAUAAUGAACUGUAGCGCCGCGGCAAAAACACACGCGUCGCGGCGCCGUUAUCAUCGCGCGUAAUGGCUGCGGCUCUGUCUCGAGCUCUGAAAUUACCAGGUAAGAAAGCCUCAGAUCUGGGUGAAUACGACCCCCUGACACAAGUGGACAGUGAGGAUGAAACGGAGGACGACGAUCUGGUUCUGAAUUAUCCUCGUAACGGCCUGAGCCCGGUGGUACCUGAGUUAAGGGGACAGCUGGCGAAUGAGGAGUUUAACGAGGUGGAGUGGAGAGCUCAGGGAGAGGGGGAGGAGCAUCCAGCCGAGGGGGCGGGGUCAGGCCAGAGUCAGAGCAGAGACUCUGAAGAGAAGGCAGCGCGGGCGCGAGGGACGAUGCCGACUGCCGCGUUCCUGCUUCCAUUGACUUGUGUGGCGCUUGUGGUUCUGCUGUAUGCGUUUCUCAUUCCCUGUCCACAGGGGGCGUCACACAACAGACCGCAGUGGGAACGACAGCUCGGAGACGUGGGAGGUGUGACAUCACCUCCUGUUGCAUUGUGGGAUGUUGAUGGAGACGGACUUGAGGAUGUUUUGAUUGGCGUCACAAACAUCUCCAACGACAGUCAGCCAAUGAACACACAGAGCAAAAAGUACAGUGUGGUUGCAGUGAGUGGAGUCGAUGGGCAGCUGUUGUGGAGGAGGAUGCUCAGAGAACCACUGUUUUCAAUUCAGUGUGGACUGCAGACAGGAAGUACAUCAUCUGUAUGUGUCCUGAUCAGCUCUGGACACAUCAUCACCGUCAACACCUCCACAGGCAGAACAUUGUGGACAGCAGCUGUGGGUGAUAUCGAGUCUCCUGCUGUUCUUCUGCCUGAUCUACAGGGUGACACAUAUCCAGAUUUACUCAUCGCAACACUGCCUGCAGACCAGGUGUCUGAUUUGGCUCUGGUUUUAAUCUCUGGGAGAUCAGGAGCUCUGAUUGGCCGACCGGUGAACUUUAACCUCACUGCGCAGGGAAAGCUGAUUGGUCCGCUGCUGCACGAGACUACAGUGACUGGAGCGUAUUACAUUCUGUUUGGAUUGGGCACCGUGGAGGGCGUCUCACUCGGCUACAUUUACAACCAGGCUACAGGCAAGAAAGCUGCGUCUACAAUCAGUCAGAAGGACCCCAGCUGGGAGCGUCUGAGGAAGAGCAACUCAUCAUCAUCAUCAUCAUCACUCAUUCAUAUCAGCAGUGGCUCUGAGCAGGUGGAGUUCUUGCUCCCUCUGGUGGCAGGUUUGUGUCAUAAUCACAAUAAUCUGGACAGCGUGUCUGUGCUGAACUCCAGUCGCAGUGAUUGGAUUCUAGUGUGUGGACCGAACAGCAAACUGUCUGUACUGACGGAGACGAACGCUCGAGCCGCAUGGACCCUCAGCCUCACCUCCAUACACAGUCGUCCGGCGUCCGGUCACUUUAACGACGACGGUGUUCCUGAUCUGCUCGUCCAUCAGUCCGCCAAUGGUGUUAGGAAGGUGCAAAUAAUUGACGGUGCUCGUGGGCGGAGCUUAUGGGAGGCGGAGUUCGUGUGUCCUCGUCUGGCAGUGGAAGAUUCGACCGUUCUGACCACAUCCGGGCAAUCGGUGUUCCUCUUCUGGGCGGGAGAUCCGCUCUCUCAAUCGCAGAACGUUACCAAGGCGGCAGCCGGUGAGCCGUUUCUGCGCAGACUCUUCCUGCUUCAUCCCAACUAUCCCAUGACUCUCCUGGAGCUGAGCAACACCACAGAUACCAUCCUCACGGCCACAGUGAGUUAUGAGCAGCAGCAGAAAGAUGCGUCGUACAUCAGCGUGUCGUCUCGGCCCACGUCUGGUCUGGGUCCUGGAGCUCAGUUAGUCAAGAGUCUCAGCAUUAAAACAGCGAUUGCAGCGGGUCAGAUGAUCGAUCUGGAGGACGUGAACAGAGACGGCAACUCUGUUAGAAUCACUGUUUUCCACAUCAACAGCUUUUUCAAACGUCUGUCCUUCAAACAGCAGUGAGUUUCAGCUGUGUCGUGACGUCGUUGUCGUCGUCUUCUGCCGCUGCUGGAAGUCUGAUGUGUGGAUGAAUGAAUUAUAUCAGUGACUGUACAUGAAUAUCAAACUUCACACACAGACACAGGCCAGUAGAAAAACACUUGAAUAAACAAACACUUGAAUAUGAUUAUAAUAAAGAAUUAUGUGUAUAUACUUGAUCUAUUUAAAGUUUUAACGUUUUAAAUGUAUUUGAGAGGAUGUCAGUCACAAACACAACUACUCUUACAUUACUGUUGCUUUUUAAGUUAUUAAUUUAUCAUAUUUAUUUCUCGCUCCGGCCAGUGGAGUGCUGUUUUUAUUAGCUUUGCACGUUUGGUUUGUUUCUUGUAAGGAUGAUUUGAACUCUAUGUACAGUGUUUUUAAAAGAUUAAAAAAUGUUAGGUUUUGUGGCAAUGACUAAAAUAAUAAUAAUGUAAAUACAGAUAAAUGUUAAAUUAAUGCUGAACAAUAAACAUUUUAUUCUA